GUACGGGCACUAGAGUUACACACUUAUUCCAGCUUCUAACAUGCUGUGGCUUAUGUCAGACAAGUCAAGUUCAGUCAAAGUGUUUGUUUGUGUGUGUGUUUCUCUGAUCUUUUAAAUAUAUUUGACCAGAAAAGAUAGACUCCUGAUGCGGGUGAAAACAUUCAUCAUCAACACCGAAUAAACUAUUGCACCGUUUUCCACUUGGAGACAACAACGAAAGGUGUCGCCUUGAAAACAAGGUGUAGAAAGAAUAAUCGAUGCCCACGUGGAAGUCUCACUCGCUCAAACUAAAGUCAAACCCCUGACUGUUCAGCCUCACACCAGUUUCGCCAUGGCAACUGAGCUAGCGGCCAGCCUGGGACUUCCAGAGGAACCAGACUGCAAGUCCUUUGUUUUAGGACAGGGUGAAAUGUACAAUUUUCCCAUGGAGGUGAAGCCCGCACCAAAAGCAGAACCAGAGGAAGACCUGGAGGAGUUAACAAUUCCAGAAUCGAAUGAAGAUCAAGUCUCCUCACUUUCUUGUUAUGAUCUUCUUGCAGAUCAUGAAGAGGAAUUCACUGACAAACAGGAGGAGUUGGAGAGUGACACUGAGCUCAACUGGGAUCCCAAUGACAGUCUGGAGUGUCCUGACAGUCCAAAUACUGAGGAGCGACCGGUAACGCUUGCUCCGGUUGAGCAGCAUGACCACAAAAAAAACUCUUCAUCUCCACCUUGCGUUCAUGAAAAUGAAGAGGAAGCACGUCCAACUGUUUUGAAUGCAGAGCCUGCUACUGAGCAGCAGGGGGAGUUAUCACAAAGUCAACCUGAGCCUAACCCUGUGGGGGAAAACCAGGAAGCGGCACGACAGGUGCUUUGCCAGAGCCCUGCACCUUUGUCACCUGUUGCCAUAGAGACAGCCAAUCAGGGCGGGACAGCUUCUCAGGAAGGUGAAGUCUCUGUGAGAGAAAGGCAGGGCAGUGUGGAGGAAAGAGAAACAGUCAGUACGGACGUGCAGAGAGAGGAGGAACAGGAGAGAAACACCACUCAGGAGCAAGAUCAAGGAGCCCACAGACAGAAGCAGAAGACUGUCGGGAACCACAAGACAGGGGUGAUUUUCAAACCCUUGAUGAUGGAGAGUUGGUACGACGACAGCCAAAGUGAUAGCAGCACGUCCGUAGACUCUUCCCAUAGCAGCAGUGUGGAACUCAACAGCAGCCUAGCCACUUUAACCAAAGAGACGCCCAUUGAGAGGGAGAUCCGGCGGUCCAUCGAGCGUGAGAAAAGCCUGAGAAGAUCCAGAGGGCUUCCCUUUCCCAUGGAGUCCAUUGAAUAUGUUGAGAUCCCCUCACGGAUAAACAUCCUCCACCAGUCCCCAACAAGUUUGGAGCAGUUUCAAGGUAAAGAGCGGCAAUUCGCAGGCAAGAAGAUGCAGCAGGAAAUCCAUGAGGAGACCAAGCGGGAACUAGAUUUGGUCAAGCUCGGCAAAGUUCCCGGGUAUUACGAUAAAGGUACGGUCCGACAGCUUAAAGAAAAGAGGCAAAUCUUUGAGGCCUUUCAAGCACCGAGUGACUUGGCCUCCCCGACCGUCUCAAGUCGGAGUAAAGUGACGUCUUGGACGACGGUCAGGGAUGACUCCUCAUCCUCAUCAUCAUCCUCGCAGACAUCUUCAAGCGACUCCUCAGAGAGAAGAGAUAGUAUCGAACACCUCACACUGGUCACAACUCCAAACGGCUCCAAAAUGCCAGGGCCAUCACCAACUUCCCGCAGAGGCCCGGGUUACUCUGAAAGCACCAACUGCCAGGUGAUUAUUGUGGAGAACAACAUGACAGUUCCGACUUCACUUGCUCUCCACAGCAGCAAGCUGGAAGCCCAAGCACUCACCACUGUGGACUCCAGCCCCUCGCACGUCGCCAGGACCAAAAAACGAGUCCUGCAUCAAGAGUUUGAAAAGAGGUCAGAAGUGGAGGGGAUACUACCAAAAGAGAAUCCCUUUUUCAAGCUCCGUCCAUCCCUAAAUGUGAUUAAAGUGGAACAGGACAUCCGCGAAUCUCAGGAGAGGGAGAGGGAGCUCCACAGGCAGCGGGUCAGCCUUUACGGGUCCACAGCAACCAGCCCUACCGACAUGUCUUCUGUUUCCAUGAAUGGACAGACUUACAUGGACUUGCCUGUCUCACCCUCCAAGGAGAGAAGCCGGGCUCCGGCAGAAUUUACAGCUGAGCAUCACCGGAAAAUUAUUGUCGUGGAAAGACACUGUGCGCCAGUCCGUGGGGAGGCUAGGCGUGUGGCCCCCGGCCCCGGCAGCACAGGCCAAGAUGAACCAGAUGGAGAUUCACCACCGGACCACUUCACACAGACACAAGUCCCCGCUCGUGGACCGCUGGGAGUCGGGUUUGGUCUACCGACACAGUGAGGACGAGGACUGAUGAGAAGAGUCAGUUUUAGAAAUGUAGGGAGGCAAACCAAGUUUUUGAAGUGGAGGUGGCGAGGGAGGGAAUGAGCAGAUGCGCAGGUUAAAGGAGGAGCUGGAAGCUGUGAUGAAAAGGGGAGCAGGGGUCGGGGGAUUGAGACUGGAAAUCAGGUCAUGGGGAUUGGGAAAAGGCGAGGGGAUCCCAGUUGGACAAAGACGAUUGAAUGUCCUUCAGCGAGGCUAAAAAAAAAAAAAGGUGCAGGAGUCUGAACAAAAUCAAGUGUAAAGGAGACUCCUUUCUUAAGAGGUGAUCAGGAUCCAGUAAAAAAUGAAUCAGUGUUCUACGCAGUUUUAUGAGUUGAUGACAGAAUUGAAUAAGAUGAUCCAGCUUGAGAACAAGUGCAAUGACUUGCACUAAACGGUCUCACGAUGUGGACCUUUUUUCGGCAUUGGUUCAUGGGGUAGUUUGAUUUAACCACACACAUAUACACACACAACAUAAAUCAGACUUAAACAAGGAGCCCUUUUCUUUCUGCAACAUUGGUACAGGUGAGAUUACGAUCUGAUCACUAUUGAUAAUGUUAUUGCAGCUGUAACAUCGGGAAUGUGCUUGCUCCGGUACAAAUGGCGGCGGACACUUUCACCGAAACUGAUGAGUCAGCUGAGCAUUGUUUGUCUUGAUCUUUAUGACAGUGAUAUAAAGCAAGAUCAGUCAGAUAUCAAUCCAUGUGCUGGCGAUUCUCUUGUGUAAGGAACAUCAAAGGCGCAAUGUUUCAUUAUCAAAAGUGUCUUUAAAGGUUUAGCUCGGCCAUUGCUAAUAGCUAACGCAUUUACAGAUUAUAUAAGAUGUUACGAUCUGUUCUCACAUAAUAGAACACACACACCCGCUUUUAUGAUUGAACACUUUCAUCGUCUGUCAGCAGUUCUGCAUGCUACUAUAAUGAAUAAUAAAAGCCGUGAUGGAA